GUUGAUUUCCCUAUUUCUCUCCGUUCGCUCCCCUUCCCUUACCUUUUUUCUUCCCGCGACCUCUUGAGAGUAGGCUGUGCCAUGACUGUUGAAAAGUCGCCCGAGACGGUGGCGGCGUCUACUCCCAUGGCUUCUUCUAAGGAAGCACACGAAGUUUCUCACAGUGUCGAUGCAGAAAUGUCCGACAGGACCAGAGAUAGUGUCCCGGAAAUCGAAUCUGAUAAUGCUCUCGAAAGAAGCUUACGCCGCAAGGUCGACUUGCGCCUCUGCACGAUUGCGGGUAUUUUGUGCUCAUUGAACUUGCUGGACUCGGGAGUCAUUAGCUCGGCCGCGGUGACUUCAUUGCCAAUGGACUUGGAUCUGACUGGGAAUCGCUUCAGUAUCGCCAUUUUUAUCUUCACAAUUAGCUCGAUUGCGUUCCAACUGCCGUCAACAUUGGCCGUGCGUGCAUUUGGUCCAAGGUGGUGGUUCUCUUUUAUAACCUUCGCGUUUGGCGUUAUCACCAUGUCUACUGCUUUUAUCCAGACUUGGCAGCAGAUGAUCGCUCUUCGCGUGUUACUCGGCGCCGCGAUGAGCGGUAUUUACCCUGGCUUAACCUAUCUGAUAUCAACGUGGUAUCCGCGCCGAGAGCAGCAGACUCGCUUCGCAUUCUUGCAGAUGGGCGAGGUGACCAUCUUGGCAACCGGUGGCAUUGUCAACUUCGGUCUCAAUCAACUAGACGGCAAAGGCGGAAUCACCGGUUGGCGAUACAUGUUUCUAGUGCAAGGCCUCAUUUCUAUCGUUAUCGGCUUGGUGACGUACUUCUGGAUGGUUGACUUCCCCGAAAAUGCGCAUCGCUCGCUCUGGUUUCUUACCCCCGCAGAACAGGAGCUGGCUGUCGCCCGCAUCAACGCGGAUCGAAAGGAUGUCGAGAUCGAUGAGUUCGCUUGGUCCAAGGUCUUUUCGCAUGCUAGUGACUUCAAGAUAUAUGGCUUCGCUGUCAUGUUCUUUCUGCUCAACAUCGUUUCCACGUCGUUGUCGUAUUUUCUUCCUAGCAUUUUGCAGGGCGGCCUGGGUUUCAGCGAAAAUCAAGCCAUCCUGCUUAAUGCACCACCAUACUAUUAUGCGGUGAUACCAGUAUUGCUGUCAUCAAUAGUUGGCGAUAAGUACCGUCUCCGGGGCCCAGUCAUUAUCUUCAACUGCGUUACCUUGAUCAUUGGCUUUAGCCUGCUAGGUUUUGCCAAACAAGACGCUGUGCGAUAUUUCGGAACAUUCCUAGCUACAGGUGCCUACGUUUCGAAUUGGGCGGCUUUAUCCGCGUAUCAGGCCAACAAUAUUACCGGGCAAUGGAAACGUGCCUUCACAGCAGCCACUGUGACAGCCUUAAACGGAGCCGGUGGCAUAGCAGGCAGCUUCAUUGUCAAGUCUCAAGAAGCACCGUGGUAUCCCACCGCGAUAUGGGUCUCUAUCGGGUCACACAUUUUGAUAAUUGCCAUCGUUUUGGCCUUCACCGUGUAUUUCCAUUUUGCAAAUAAGCUGGCUGCGAGUGGCAAGAUAGUACUCGAAGGGGUAGAAGGAUUCAGAUAUACCAUGUAGAUUAUUCUUGAUGCAUUUGUAUAUUAUUAGGCUCUAAUUGCAAUGCUAUCUAUAUACAUCACUUCCAAUUCUAUGUUCUAAU